CAGAGCCCCCAGAAAUGUUGGUUCCUGGACGCAGGCCCCAGGCCCUGCCCUCCGUCUGCUUCUGCAUUCUGGUCUUGGCCUGUGUCGUGGCAUGCCAGCAAGAAGUGCCUGCAGCAACCCCGAGUAUGCCACCGGAGCUGGUGGAUAGUCCUUGGAGCCUGAUGAAGGACAAGGUGAAGACACUGGUGACCAGGACCAGAGAGAAGUGGCAGUGGUUCUGGGGACCCGAGGCCUUCCAGGGCUUUGUGCAGGCCUACUACAAAGACCACCUGAAGGAUCUGAGGCUCCGCACCCAGGCCUGGCUCCGCAGCUCCAGGGACAGCCUCCUGAACAAGGCCCACAGCCUGUGCCCCCAGCUUCUGUGCAGGGACGGUGACAAGAAUUAAAGUGUUUACAGCCUCCACAAUAAAGAAAUGCUUCUCUGU